AUGGCUCCCAAGAAGCCCGAGCCUAAGAAGGCCGAGCCUAAGAAGGAAGAACCCAAACCGGCGCCUAAACCGGCGGAACCAGAACCCAAAAAAGAAGUGGAGUUCAACCCGGCUUCGGUCAAGGUGGAGUUCACCCCUGACCAGAUCGAAGAAUUUAAGGAAGCGUUUUCCCUCUUCGACCGGACCCCGAAAUCGGAGAUGAAAAUCACUUAUGCCCAGUGUGGGGACGUCCUGAGAGCUCUGGGGCAGAACCCAACCCAGGCUGAGGUCAUGAAGCUGCUGGGCAGACCCAAACCAGAAGAGAUGAACUCCAAGAUGAUUGACUUCGAGACCUUCCUGCCCAUGCUGCAGCACAUCGCCAAGACCAAGGACACCGGCACCUACGAGGACUUCGUGGAGGGGCUGCGGGUCUUCGACAAGGAGGGCAACGGGACAGUCAUGGGGGCCGAGCUGCGCCACGUCCUGGCCACCCUGGGGGAGCGGCUGACGGAGGAGGAGGUCGAUAAACUGAUGGCAGGGCAGGAAGAUGCCAACGGCUGCAUCAACUACGAAGCUUUUGUGAAACACAUCAUGGCCAACUGAAUCCCAGGAUGAGAAGCACCCAGAUUCCCUCAGAAUUCCAUGGCCUGGAAUGUCUCCUCAUUUCCCAGCCCAGAUUCCCACCUCAGAGCCACAGAAGGAGAUUUUUUUGGAGCCCUGAAGAUGUUUUGGUUGGUUGGUUGGCCUUGUUUCCUGCUGGGAAGAGGGUGAUCCCUGUGGAGCUUUGAGACACUCAGGAAGCUGAAGGAACUGGAAUCUGAGCAAUGAACACCUGGGAAUUGUUUGGGAUACAGGAUGUGAACAGCAGUGCAAAACUGAGUGAGAAAGGGAAUCAU